AUGCCCGGUGACCAAUCGCUGCACCACGCACACACGCUCGACGAACAUCGGUCAGACUGCGUACAGUGCGAUCGCCUGAACGGCGACGAAAACAUGGUGCAGUGCGAUGGUUGCCAAACUUGGUGGCACUUUUCGUGCGCCGGAGUAACCGAUUCGAUUAAGGAUCGUUCUUGGUCUUGCCCAAAGUGUCAGGUGGAUGACCUGGGCAGCAUCGCACGGACAUCUCGUGGAUCCCGAUGCUCGAACCAAUCCGGACGGUCCGCGAGAAUCAAUCUGCAGCUUGAGAAGCUUAAUGAGCUCCAAGCAAUCCAGCAGAAGUUUGUCGAGCAGAAGUACAAACUGCUCGAAUCCCAACUGGAGCUAGAUGAAGAGAGCGAAAGUGUUCGAAGCAAACGCAGCAAAGUGAGCAAACAAGCCAGCAUCGCGAAGGUUGCGAAUUGGGUGAAAAGUUGCGCAGAGCAGAAGGAGGACGCCAUCAUUCCUCCCACUUCAACGGAGACAGGCCGUCCGUCGUUGCCGCCAGCCCCUUCCAACCAACCGAAGCCAGUUACCGCUACCGCUAGCAGUUACGCCACAGUCCAAGUCCAGCAGCCAGAUAGUGGGAAUCAACAGAGUCCGCUGAAGCAUCCUUCGUUGCCAAAUCAACGAUCGUUCGGAGUGGCUCCAGCGACAGGAGCCCUCAUAUCCGGUCCGACCCAGGACGGAGACCCAAUCAGGCAGGCCGUCUUCAACAAGGUGACAGGAACCGUACCUCUAGCGCAGUCUACUCCAGCACAAAUGUCUUGCACUGAGCAGGCAUAUAAACAACCUCCGCCGGCCCCAGCCGUGGUGUCCAAAUCGACGACAGUGCCUUCGACGGCGCCAGUGUGCGCACUACCAGAACCGGUUUCAACAAAAUGCUUCACGUCGAAUCCGAGUUCGUUUCCCGCUAUGAUGCUUCCGCCUAACCCGCAGCUAUUCGCUGCCCCGCAGCACCAGUUGAACUUUAUACCGGAGAACCCCUCAACCGAGCAGCCGUUUGCCAGACCUCCUUCGGUGUCUGUACAGGCCCCGCCGCAGUCUUUGGUGGAACAGAGGAUGCCAGAGAUUCCACGUCCAAUCGUUUCACACCAUCAACAAGGGAAUUUGGGCCCAUAUCACGUUGGCGCCCCCAUGCCGCCGAUGCUCCACGCCACGUCGACGUUACCGCCUGCUGCGGUACCAUAUCGUAUACCAACGUAUCCUGUAUUCCAGCCGAUGUACCAACAUGCACCACCGUCGGGACCUGCGCCAACCGUUGGAACUCUGGCGGCAGCCCCGCCGGCAGUCGCGUCUUCAUACGCGGCCGCUACGCCUCCAUCAUCGCCGCCCCCGCCACCGCAACCCGAAUCUCCUAAUAGAGAAGUAUCUUUCCCUCAGCCAUCCACCUGA